GCGCAGACCAGAAGCCGUAGAAGAAGAGCAGGCAUUGUAAACACAGGGAUAUGGCUGACGAGGGAGGCGGAGGAGAAGACGACGUUAACGACAACAUGGGGAACCAUCUGCGUCUUCUAGCAGGCAACGAGGAGGAAGAGGAGGAGGAGGAAGAUGACAUGGAGACUGAGGACCGAGACGAUGACGAGGCGGAAAAGCCCAACAUCAUCACGUUUGACCCCAGUCUUCCCACGUCUCAUGCUUACCUGGGUUCAGACAUGGAGGAGUUCCACGGGCGCACGGUGCACGAUGACGACAGCUGCCAGACCAUCCCGGUGCUGCCGCACACGGCCGUGAUGCUGGUGCCGGGUCAGACGCUGCCCCUGCAGCUCUUCAGGCCGCAGGAGGUCAGCAUGAUGCGCAGCGUCAUCCAGAAGGACCGAACCUUUGCGGUGCUCGCACACAGUGAUGCGGGCGAGCCGGAGGCCAAGUUUGGAACGACGGCUGAAAUAUACGCAUACCGAGAGGAGCAGGAGUACGGCAUUGAAACCGUCAAAGUGAAAGCAGUUGGGAGGCAGAGGUUUAAGGUCCAUGAGAUAAGAACUCAAGCAGACGGAAUCAGACAAGCCAAAGUACAGAUCCUCCCCGAGCGAAUCCUUCCAGACCCGCUCUCUGCCGUGCAGCUGGCGCCCAUGUCCCGGCUCCAUGUGUCCCCGUCCUCCAAGCUGCGAGCUCAGGGCUGUAAAAAGGCUCAGCGCUGGUUGAAUCAGCAGAGGAAGUUUCACUGCGCCAGCCUGACUCCGUGGCCUCCCUGGGUGUACUCUCUCUAUGACUCCGACUCGCUCAUGAACAGAGUGAAGAAGCAGCUCCACGAAUGGGACGAGAACCUGAAGGAUGACUCGCUCCCGACCAACGCCGUAGACUUCUCCUACAGGGUGGCUGCCUGUCUGCCCAUAGACGACGCUCUGCGGCUCCAGCUGCUCAAGAUCGGCAGCGCCAUCCAGAGACUCCGCUGCGAGCUGGACAUCAUGGACCGGUGUACGUCAUUGUGCUGCAAGCAGUGUCAGGACACAGAGAUCACGACAAAGAAUGAAAUCUUCAGCUUGUCCCUGUACGGCCCCAUGGCUGCUUACGUCAACCCUCACGGUUACGUUCAUGAAACCCUGACCGUCUACAAAGCCAACAACCUGAACCUGUCGGGCAGGCCCUCCACACUGCACAGCUGGUUUCCAGGGUACGCCUGGACUAUCGCUCAGUGCCGGACCUGUGGCUCUCACAUGGGCUGGAAGUUCACGGCCACCAAGAAGGACUUGUCUCCGCCUCGCUUCUGGGGUUUGACCCGUUCGGCCAUGCUGCCCCGCAUCCCGCAGGGGGAGGGCGAGGACAACCGAGGAGGUUCUCGCCUCUUCUGCCUGUGACUUCAGACCAUCCGGUCCUCCCUCCGCCUCAGUCUGCUGUCAGUGUCUAGCUGCAAAAUACUUCUUCUUCUUUAAUAGUCAUCAGUGCAUCACAGAAGCUGUCACCUCUGGCAGGAAAUCCAUCACAUCAGUGGAUGGAGUCAUGGGGUCUUUUGAAUUGCACCUUCAGGGGUAGACUUUAUGAAGGUAGACGGAGCAAUUGCUUUAAUGAGCUCUUAAAUUGCGGCGGGGAGAAGUUGCCGGUGAGACAGGGAAGGAGACCGACUGGCUGGACAGACUGGAAUCUAGUGUUUAACAUCCCUGCAUGCAGCAGCUACACAUCAAGCUGUUUUCUUCAUAUAUAAGCUCUAUGGCUGAAGGUUCCCCCACCUCCACACACAAAACACAAAAUGGUUGGCUGAUUGCAUCCUGCUUUACGAUCUCAGCUGUUUUCUUCUUGCAUCGCAGGGCCUCGCCUGCAUGCAGCUGGCGCCGCUCCGGCAGCCGCUCUAUUCAGUGAACUCGUCGUAAUUCCAGCUGUUUGUGUCUGAGAGAUUUCGUCCGUCAAAGAGCCGCGAGGAGAAGCGCACCGACCUGCGGUCCAUCUCAGUAAAAUAGAAUAUCGUUGAAAAGUUUGCGCAUUUCAGUCUAUAUCGGUUCGGGGGGGGCUCCGAGGGAUUUAUUUCAGGUGUUUGCAUCUGCUAGUGCUGAGGGUUGUGGCUUACGGCUAAUGCAGACGCAACGUUCAGUUUCUCAGGAAAUUAAAGGUUGAGAUCAGGUAAAAAGGUAUUUUUAAUGAGGAAAUGUCUUUCUACUGAAAAGUGCUUGUGCUGUACCGGAAGUGCACUCAGUACUUGGUGAGGGCUUGUUUUUCAUGAAUUACUGCAUCAAUGCACAGUAACGUGGAGGCCCUCAGGCCUGAAGGAAGCCCUGGUCGCCUGUAGGCAGAGUGAGGACCUGGGUAGCUGACGCAUGUCUUUCUGUAGCGGAGACAUCUCCGAUGUUCGGGAAUGGUUUAAAAAAAGCAAUUUGACAAGUUUAGUCCCUGUUCUGGGAACUUCUGUGAGUGGAAGCUCUUAAAGCUCUGAUUCUAGCUCGUUAAUCACCCCAAACUCUUGACAGGGUUUUUGCUUCACAAUCCUCUCAAGGCUGAGGUUUCCCCUGUUGCUCCUUCACCUUUUUUUUUUAACUGUAGUUUUUACCUUUCACCUAAUCUUCCAUUAAGAUGCUUGAAAACAGCGCUAUGAGCAGCCGGAUUUAUUCGCAGUGACAUUUUGUGGCUCCUUCUCCGUGAUUGUAAAAUCCAUAUUGGGAUCAUAAUGUUUUUUGCAUUUAAAUCCUUAUUUCAGAGGGACUGAAUUUUAGCUUUUCCUUGGCUGUAAGCUUAAACGAUCUAAAAUACCCGAAAUAAAAACGCUAAGUAUAUCGCUCAGUGUGAUGAAUCUAUUUGAACUGAGUUCCACUUUCUGAAUUCAAUUACUGAUGUAGAUAUUCUAAUUUAUUAAGAUGGACUCGCGUAUUUGUAGAUAGAUGAUGAGGGGCUAUUUUUGAAAUGUUAGAUCUGAUGUAUUUUUGUACGCAAGAGUUAUUUUUUUUUGGGAUUAAUUUAAUAUUCUUGCUGAUGUGUAGAGAACAUGUGCAAGUACGUAUCACAGCUACGUUUUUUUGUUUUGUUUUUUUAUUUUGGGUUGAUCUAAUCAAAAACCAGAGGUUGUAAUAUCAGUGACGAUAGCAAUGUGUAAUUAUACCUGAUAAAAUCUGCUCGGUUUGCUUUCAACAGCGGCUGCUCGUCCCGUCUGAUGAUGUGCUCCGGGAGGCGAGCGUUAUCUCUGCUCACACGAGUGAACAAGAUCUUUAUCGUAUCGGCGCCUCAGGGCGGGAUGCUUUGUAAAGGUCGAAGCUAAUUAAGACGGAGAGCAGAGCGCAGCGUUUGCCCUCCUUGGGUGGCAUGUUAAAAAUUCGGCGCAGUCAUUGGAGCUUGGGGUUCCUCUUGUUGCUUCAGAGAAACCUGUGAAGCGGUCCUGAACGCCGGCUCAUAAACAGCAGCCCGGUGAUGAGAUUCACAGCUUGUUGUUUCAUGGUCUCCGGUUCGCUCACGUCUGUUUUCCAUCCAUGUUUGUGUGACCGUAAUAGACAACCUGUUGUAUUACGUGACUAUUAUGAUACUGAUUUGUAGUUUAUCAUUUAUUUCCCAGAGCUCUUUUCGUGUUUUUGAAAACUGUUGGGAGAUUAUCACUUUAUCCGUAAACAAAGCCGUCGAAGCAACAAGAGAUCGAAUAAAAACUGCAAGUGUUGGUCUACCAAA